CAUGCUUUCACGACGAAUCUUCCGUCAGCUCACUGACAGCUUUUUGCUAGAGUCAGGGCCUCCUACAAGACCAUUCUGCCUUGCGGCCAGAUGCACUUCAUGUACGCCUCGCAGUUCAAAUGCGCCACGCGGUCACCGCGCAUCCUCCUCCUCUACAAGAUGGAAAACGCGCCAGGGAAACGAUCACUUCGCCCGUGAGGCUCGUGUGCAGGGGCUGAAGAGUCGGGCCGCUUUCAAACUGCUAGAGUUGAAUGAGAAGCACAAGCUCUUCAAGCCUGGACAGACUGUCGUGGAUCUUGGCUUUGCACCGGGAUCAUGGUCCCAGGUCGCUGUCAAUCGCACAACGCCUGAUGGACGCGUGAUAGGCAUUGAUCUGAUUCCUGCGCAGCCCCCACGAGGUGUAUCCACAAUACAAGGCAACUUCUUGUCCACGGAGAUUCAAGAAGAGGUUCGAGCAUACGUCCGAGAUCCCCUUUUGGGUCGGCCGCGCAAACAAACCAUAUCAGAAGAACCGGAUGGCUUCACCGAGGAGCAGGCGGACGAGAUGGAGCGAGGGUACAUUGACAUCGAGAGGCAAGCUCAUAUGGAAGGCCUCGAGAUCGAGUCAACCAGCCAGCCUCCGGAAGGGCCAGAGAGCGUGCUAGACGCCAAGGUCUCUCAAAAAGAACGGGAUGCGCGCGACGGACGAGUUGUCGAUGUAGUGCUCAGUGACAUGUCAGAACCCUGGGAUCAAGUUGCCGGCUUCUACAAAAAGAGCCUUAGUGACCCAUACUUUAGGUUGAUGAACACCAGCGGCAAUGCCUUCAGAGAUCAUGCAGGCAGUAUGGAUCUGUGUAUGGCUGCAUUGACAUUUGCGUUCGACACAGUGAAGACCGGAGGCCACUUUCUGUGCAAGUUCUAUCAAGGACCCGAGGAGAAGGCGUUCGAGACAAAGCUGAAGCGAUUGUUUGCCAAGGUAUCACGCGAGAAGCCUGAGUCCUCGCGCAGUGCAUCAAAAGAGGCAUACUUCGUGGCGCUGCGACGCAAGGAAGCGCCAUCGAGAGAGGAGGUCUUCCGGGAAUGAGUUCGGUCGCGAACUAUUAUGUAUGAAUAGUCCAGUAUUGUUUUCAUGACACCUGAGUGAUCUUGCAAUGUUGACAUGCAUCGACUAUUCGCGCUUGAUCCGUGCGCUGCUUGGCGGCAAGUCGCGAUGCGCUCGUCGAACGCGCCAAAGAUCCAUCCCCAGCGUCCUGAGC